UCCUCGUGACUCACAGUGUGGCUACCAGUGCCCCGGCAUCACCACAUACACACCACGUUGUCAUAACAAGCCAGGAAUUAAUAUACAAAAUGACGGCAGACUCUGUGUUAAGCAUCCAGGGGAAGAGGACCUCUGGCACGUCUGUAAGGACGGAGAAUGUUAUUGCUGCCAGCUCUGUUGCCAACAUUGUCAAGAGCUCUCUGGGUCCGCUGGGACUCGACAAAAUGAUUGUCGAUGAUGUUGGUGAUGUGACAGUCACCAAUGAUGGAGCAACUAUUUUGAAAUUGUUAGAGGUUGAACACCCGGCAGCACGUGUCUUGGUGGAGUUGGCACAGUUACAAGAUGAAGAGGUUGGUGAUGGCACAACUAGUGACAUCAUUGCUGCAGAAUUGCUGAAAUCUGCUGAUGACCUGGUGAAACAGAAGAUCCAUCCCACCUCCAUCAUUGCUGGCUACAAGCUGGCUUGCAAAGAAGCAUGUCGAUAUAUCCAGAACAAUCUCUCCAUCAAUACAGAUGACAUUGGCAAGGAAUGCAUUGUUGCUGCUGCUCGGACAUCCAUGUCAUCCAAGGUGAUCUCCAUUGACAGUGAUUUCUUUGCGAACAUGGUAGUAGAUGCUGCUUUGGCAGUACGUACCUCUGAUGGCAAGGGUGGAUUCAAGUAUCCAAUCAAGGCUGUCAAUGUUUUGAAAGCUCAUGGACGUUCAGCAACAGAGUCCAUCAUUGUCAAUGGUUAUGCACUGAAUUGCACAGUGGCAUCACAUGCUAUGGUGAAGAAAAUGGUAAAUGCCAAGAUUGCUUGUCUGGACUUCUCGCUCAACAAGGAGAAGAUGAAACUUGGAAUUCAAGUAUUAGUGAAUGACCUUCCAAGCUGGAGGCCAUCAGGCAGCGUGAGUCAGACAUUACUAAGGUAAUUAGUG